UGGUUUCCGCUCCUGUUGUGUGAGGGGCCGAAUCCCAAACGGCCUCCGCCGCGGCUCGCAGCGCCUCCGGGUUUGGAAGCCGGGACUCGGGGCCAGGAGCCGGCGGCGCCCUCCACCCGCGUCCCCCGCUGCCCCCGGCUUCCGUAGGCCCCGCUCGACCGAGACCCCGCGCGCGCCUCACCUGGGCCCUUGGCCCCUCCCCGGCUGCCUGUGGCCCCCGCCCGCGCCCCCCGGCCCCGCCAUGUCGCUGCACGGCAAGCGGAAGGAGAUCUACAAGUACGAGGCGCCCUGGACCGUGUACGCCAUGAACUGGAGCGUCCGGCCCGACAAGCGCUUCCGCCUGGCGCUCGGCAGCUUCGUGGAGGAGUACAACAACAAGGUCCAGCUUGUUGGUUUAGAUGAGGAGAGCUCAGAGUUCAUUUGCAGGAACACCUUUGAUCACCCAUAUCCUACUACAAAGCUCAUGUGGAUUCCUGACACCAAGGGAGUAUAUCCAGACCUGUUGGCAACCAGCGGUGAUUACCUGCGUGUGUGGAGAGUGGGUGAAACUGAGACCCGACUGGAGUGCUUGCUGAACAAUAAUAAGAACUCUGAUUUUUGUGCCCCGUUAACGUCGUUUGAUUGGAAUGAAGUGGAUCCUUAUCUUCUAGGUACCUCUAGUAUUGACACAACCUGUACUAUCUGGGGUCUGGAGACUGGGCAGGUAUUGGGAAGAGUAAAUCUGGUAUCGGGCCAUGUCAAAACCCAGCUUAUUGCACAUGACAAAGAGGUAUAUGACAUUGCAUUUAGCCGCGCGGGUGGCGGGAGAGACAUGUUUGCGUCAGUUGGCGCAGAUGGCUCAGUGCGGAUGUUUGACCUUCGCCAUCUGGAGCACAGCACCAUUAUCUAUGAGGAUCCACAGCACCAUCCGUUGCUGCGUCUCUGCUGGAACAAGCAGGAUCCCAACUAUCUUGCAACAAUGGCCAUGGAUGGUAUGGAGGUGGUGAUUCUAGAUGUCAGAGUUCCCUGCACACCCGUUGCCAGGUUAAACAACCACAGAGCAUGUGUGAAUGGCAUUGCCUGGGCACCUCACUCUUCCUGCCAUAUCUGUACAGCAGCGGAUGACCAUCAGGCUCUCAUCUGGGAUAUCCAGCAAAUGCCUCGUGCCAUUGAGGACCCAAUCUUGGCCUACACAGCAGAAGGGGAAAUCAACAAUGUACAGUGGGCAUCGACUCAGCCGGACUGGAUAGCUAUCUGCUACAACAACUGUCUGGAGAUCUUGAGAGUGUAACACUAUUGGUCUGUGCCAAACUGAGGCAGGGCUUUAUAACUUCCCCUCCCCUCUAAAGUAAGAACAAACAUGUUUCAAGUGGCCAGUAUCUUUUGUUGCUUUGCAUCUACUGUUCCAAGAAACUGUUACAGGAGUUAAUGGCAGGUGUCGGCUGGUCCCUACAAGACUCAGAAAAUGAAGGGACGUACCCAGCCUCUUGGACCUUCUGGGUUUUGAUUUUAAUAUUUUUCUCAAUUAAAAAGUUCUGUAUAUCUGUUUGUUGACUGUGUUAAUGAGCAUUACAGGCUUUAAAUGACUGUUUUAAGUUGCUGCAUAUAUCCAUGUGUUUGUCAGCCAGCUAUGGCAGCACAUCCAAUUAGUUUGAUAGAUGUAAGUGCAAAACUAGGUGGAAAGAAAAGACAUUAAUAUUAACCACCGCCUUUGCAGGAAUUUUUAAUCAUUCCUGUUACUGUCCCUAAACGGUUUGAACAUUUGUAUGUUUUUAUAUAUUGGACUAAGUUUCUAUUAACUAGGCUCUUCACCCCAGUUCUUAUUUUUGAUAUGUGAUCCAGUUCCAUAAGCCCCAAGCAGGAUCUGUUGAUGAUGAUGGGUCAUAAGCAUCAUUGUAGGCUUCCUAGCAGUAAAACAGUUGCUGUAGCUGUUGCCUUGGCUACAUGCCCCUGACCACACCUGGUGCUGUGACGUACCAUGACUUGUCGCACAGUUCUUUCAUUUUAACUGACGCUAGAGGCAGUUGUUACUGUGGUGGGCCGUAUGUUAGAUCAUAACUGAAUUAUUGAGUCUCCCACAGCUGAAUGACUUAACUGAAUGGUGACAAGAUUCACAAGGAGAGAAGCAUUAGCAUUGUACUGUCAGAUCUUGGUGGAUGAAUGUGAUCGAAGCAGUUAGAACAGGUGGUCUGCUGUCCAAAGGCAAGUCAUGCCCCCUGUAAAGGAAAGUUUCCUAAAGUAACAUACAGGGUUGGGUCUAAAUGAAAAGAAGUUGUCCAACGUGUGUCUCAAAUGGAGACCUUGUUUUGGCUCUAGCUGUCAUUCUUACAUACUGCAACUCUUGUAAGAGGAGCAGGAUAGGUAUGGCGUGAGGGGAGCCUUCUGUUUUCAGCCAAGUUCCCUUUCUGAAGUGGAAAGGAAAAGGGGAGCGAGGCCGGCCCUCUGUCACCAUGAUGCUUUAUGCGGAGGGAUAGCAAAAUUCUUUGUCGUUUUAACAUGGCAGGUAGUUUGAAUGUUGUCAUUUUUCUUGUUUUGAUCAGCUAACUGCAAUACCCUUCAAAUGAGAAGGUGACAAACUGAACACCGCACUGUGGUGAGGUCUAACCAUCACCUUGUUCUGUAACAAUAGACUGAGCUGAAUAGGUCAAGAUCCAGAUCAGCUGACCCUGACUCAUUACCUUGAGAGACAAUCUUGAUAUUGACUGAAAACCAAAGGCAGCAUUAUACAUAAAAAGGCAACAUUUAAUUAAUUUUUCUAAGAAUAUUAGGCUUCCAAUUUUUCUAAGAAUAUUAGGCUUCCAAAUAGUAGCUUCAGUUGUAUACACCGUCUCUCCCAAGUCCCCAGUCAACUCUCUUGCAACCACAGGUUUCUAUUUUAAAUGCUCUGUCCCUCAUGUUCUACAUGGAGGGACAGAGUCAUGGAGUCAAUGAAACUAAAUGUUCAGCCUGCUGUCAAGUGCAGAUUAAAAUUGAAAAAUAGAGAUGUCUCCUUUUUCAAUUAUAAUCUUAGAUGUUUCUGGUAACAACCAGCAAAACUUAUCCUUCAGGUGACUUUUAAAAAAAUAGAAAACAGUAUACAAAAGCAUCUUAUUCAUCUGAUCACCUCUCAUUAGUGACGGAUAUUUACUCUGGUUAACAGUGCAGAGCCGUUCUCUGGGAGAAUGAGAUGCAUUCUGUUCAGUCUCACACAUUGUCAAUAAAAUUCAUUACGUUCCAAUUGCAGAAUUGUUAUUGAUGGGUGAGCCAUAAAGAACUGUCUGGUGUUCAGAUUCCUAAUAUGGUUGCAUGUUCAGAUAGCUUACACAUGCAUCUCUGGUAUUCUAAGCACAUUUGCUCCAGAAAUUAUUGAUACACAAGUGUGGAACCACACAUUAAACUUGGUCACUCUUCAAAGUAGAGCUGUGCCUUUAAAGUUAAACUUAAAUAUGCAAGCAUGUUAGAAAAUGAAAGUUGUGUUUCUCAUAGCAACAUUCAUUUAUAUUGUGUAGGCUGCUUUCAUUUAGAUAUACUUGUAAAAAUAUUACAUGAAAAAUUCUUGCAUGUGUAUCUAAAUACAAGUACUAGGCACAGUGUAAACAAGCUAAUGUCAGUGAGAGAAGCAUAAACCUUUUGCUUCCUGACUGCAAACUAAAUGUGUUUACAUAACAUUGCAAUAAGUUUUGCAUUUCAUGUUUUGGGGAAGUAGGGUUUUGGGGGAGAUGGGGGAAGGACUACUUUCAUAAUGUUAAUAUUUAAAUAGUCCCAAUUAAGCUUUGAAGUCUUAUUCUGUUGAUGUAAAUUGUGUGGGUAAAGUUUGAGUUGCUGCUGCUUGGCUGCAGACAGAUUUCUGCAAGGCUGAGUUAACAGUGUAGCUGUACAUCUGUUUCUAGCUGCAGUCUUCAGAAGGCAAAAAUGAUAGCAACAUAAUGUUUAAGCUGAAAGCUUAGUUUUUGCAGAACUACAAAGAAUGCAUCAAAAAUGGUGGAUCCCAUGAUCUUAACUUUCUUUCUUGUCCACCGUUUUCUCCAGUCUCUCUGAUCUUGACAGGUUCAUGUUUUAAUGAGAAACUUAGUUUCCUGCAGACUGUUAACGGUCAGGCCAGACACUGAGCUUAUGUGGUUUCUCUGCCCACUACAGGCUGUAUUAGGCAGAAUGGUAUUGAACAUGCUCAUUGACUCUUUUCUCUGUAGAUUCUUGUACUAUGUGCAUUACUGUGGUAUCUGAACAACUUUAAAUCACACUCUUCCUCCCACCCAGCUUAGUGAUGGUCAUGGAGAACAAUUCACUUGGAGAAGUUUUAGUUGAUAUAGUGAGAGCUUUUUUGCAUUAUGGAAAGUGAAUAAACAUCCAGUUGAAAAGGGAUUUUCCUCAAACUUUCCAAAAAUAUAAUCCCACCUUGACUAAGAACAGAGUUUAGAGAAUGAGAAUUGAGCAUGUGAAAAUGAGACUAAAUGAGUACACAUAACUUCAUAGCUUCCAUUACCAGCAGAAGUGGUUCUGUUAUGUACACUGAGGAGACCUCAUCUUGAGGCCUUCCUCCAUAAGAUUUCUUGCAGAACAUUUGUGGCUUUGUCUUUAGAGAUUAGGCUCCUGAUCCAAAGUUCCUUGAAUGCAAUGGAAGCACCUGCUCACUUGGCCAGUUGAACUGCUUUUGGCUUCAUUACUUGCUUUGGGUCAUGUCCUGCUCUCAUUCCAUAGGUGGAACCCCAGGGAAGCCGGGGACAUUGUAUGGCACUGACACUUCUUGUUUUCAGAAGUCAUUUGGUAGCUUAAUGAGCAUUCCCUGAAUAUUACCACAAAUCUUUCUAGAGAAGGAGUUCAGUAAUACAAAUGGCAUGUCUGUAUAGGUAAAGAAAUGAGGCUUCAAUGCCCCCGCCUUCCUACUCUCACAAAAGGGGCAAUGAGGGAGGAGUUGAACUGUCCAUCAGUUCAUUUAUUUGCAUGGCAAAUUAACCCUCCUUCCCCGAGAUGUAUAUGGUGCUGAGGGUUAAUGACCAAAAAACUACUCAGCAGCAGAUUCUACCUGCUGAAGUCCAAUUAGAUGUGGAAAUCUUGCACAGUUCCUUUGUGCUGAUGAAUUGAAAUACCUCAGCCCACCUUACAUUUACCACUUGCCAAGUCUCCAUAAGCAUUAUUUCUUCCAGAGUUAGUGGAAAUAACUGGUUCAGUGACUCAUUUUGGUGGUGGCUCUUUAAAUGAUUGCGACACUAUACAGAGAAACCGCCUUUAAAGAAUUUUGCAUCGGAGUGGGAGAAUAGAGAUGGAGACCUUAGACCAGUGGUUCUCAACCUGCGGACGGCUUGUGGCCCAAUCAGCACACAGCUGUGGCCCAUGUGACAUCCUCAGGGCCAUACAGGUAGUAUAUAUAUUGUGUGGGUGCAGACCACACAAAACAGAGGACUGCAUGUGUGGCCCACAAUGGUAAAUAGGUUGAGAACCACUGCCUUAGACCUUUCCCUAAGCAUCAGUGAGCUUGGUACAGAAGUGAAUUUCGUAAUGGGACUGAAAGUGCCAUUUCUCCUCCAUUUCUCCUCCAACUUCACUAGUUUUGUAUCUUUUCUCUGGCUGGCUAAUUCCAGCCAUUGAGCUGCAUUUGAAAAACCCAACUGCCCAGGAUACCAACUCUCACAUGGGCAGUUAAUAUGUCUUGGCUCCCAGCCCAAAGAUGAGGUGAGACUCUAAAAGCUAGCUGGAGGAUGAGCCAGUGCAUUAGUAUGUUAAAUCUGUAUGUCACUGAAUUAAAUCCGUCUGUGGUAGGUUGCUGCAACUAAACUUGCCCUGCUAUGUGCUAGGAUUUAAUAGUCAAAGUUGCUUUGACAAUCUCUUUGAGUAAGAAAUUCAGUGGUCGCAAAGUACAGAAAGAGAAGAGGUUGGCACUGCAGGUUGUUCCUUACUUUAAGGCUCCCUGGGUACUUCCUUGCUUCCCAUAAGAGUCAAAAUUCAUGAUCCCUUCAAAAUUUACUUGUGAUCACACAUCUGCAUUGCUUCUGAUUCCUUUUUUUUGAACACUGGCUAAAAAAGGUCAGCAGCCAGAAUAGAUUCAUUGAUGAGAUGCUAAAUCCACAGCUGUGUGAUCUGUAGAUCGUUCCUUAACUGGGAUUGGAUUGGAGAAAUCUAUGUCUGUGCUAAUGUAUUGGUACAUACGUACAUUUUUUUGGACCUUUGUUUUAAAAUAUAAGUUCAGGAAGCUGAGCAUGCUCUAGAUGGAACUUUAGCAGGUAUAUUUUUGUUAGGGUUAGGAAUGGAAUAACCUUCCUACCUCAGUACUUUAAGGCUGGCGUUUGACUCUGAACCCUGUGUCCGAGUAAUAAAAUCUUAAAUACAGCGUGAGAGUUUCCUGAAUGUUGCGGUUCCAAACUGGCUCUGGCUGGCAGCACAUGGUGACCUCUUUCACGCCAGAACCACCUGAAAAGCAACACCAAAAAUGUGAGCACUUGAAAAUGCUGUUAAUGCUACAAACUGUGAGGCUUUAUAUUCAGAAGACAGCAUGAUCCAGGAGGGCUCUCUCAAGCACUUAACUUUGCCUCUUGUCCAAACUGAACUCUUUUUUUUUUUUGCUGCUUUUGGGUACUUUUCUUAUUGCCUAGUUGUGUUUGGGGGACCCUGGACUUAGGUGCCCUUUCAAACAUACGGCAGUAAUGUCAGGUGGUUUGGGUAGAUAGUUAUCUUGGGAGGUAGGUGAAUUCUGCAGUCUUUGUCAAUUCCAUAAUGUCAGGAAAAUUGAUGCAGCUUUCUGUGACUUAAGAUGCAGAAUUCAAAGAUCUUUGACUUGUCAAAAUUCCUUGGUACUGACCACCUUAACCCUUUUGGUAUAUGCAGCAAAGGCAGAAAUGGAUAAAUCACAGGGUGCAGCUCCAUGCACAGUAGGGCUGUACAAUUGUUUAUACUUCCCUCUAAGUAUUGAAAGGGUUCGUUAUCCCACUACUGCCACACACAAUGGUUCUGCCACUUCAAACUCAAGGGAAGCAUUAUCCAGUCAGUGGGCAGUUCAGGUAUCUCUGAAUGACCGGUUGCUUUUCACUCCAAGGCCGCUGGUUCAAAUCCCAGUCUAGGCAUUGUUUUGAUCUGUGGUCUGUAUGAAAUGAGGUGGUUUCCCGAUCUGAUUCCUAAUGGGCAGGGGUACAUUUGGCUCGAGAUGGCCCCCUUAUUAAUGUCUGCAGGGAAGCCUACGGAUUUAAUGGUAGGUGGCACUUAAACAGCACUUUUCCAUGCUUGCUUGGCAACCAAAUUUUCCUAGGGAAGGUCGCUCUAAGUCAUAGGUGAGGUACGUUGGCAAAGGUAGGGUGAGUGAAGAAACUUGCACUGCCCAUGCUGUAGCCAGAGGAUCUCUCUCUCUCUAAGGUUUUUGAUCCAGCACCUUUCACCAGCACUGAAAUAGUAACAAACGUGACUAGACACCAGCUAGCGGGGUGCUUGUCUGGCAACUGGAGACGGAACAUAGAGGCAAGAGCAGGUCUAAGAGGAAGUUGCACACUAUUGCAUUAGAUUUCUGGACAGCCUUUAGUCUGCCUAGUAUCACAAACCCUCUCUUCUGGUGCACAGAUACCAUCAAUCUAGAAUUUCCUUGCUAGUGAGGAAAAUGACCUGCUUGGCAUCCUUUUCAGAUAAGCUAAUAAAGGACAAUGCUGAGGGGUUUCUUUUAAUUCUUGCAAGGUUCUGCGGCCACAACAAACUACAGGCCCUGGUUCCAUCUCUCGUCAAACACACUAGUCAGCGUCUCUUAGAAUGUCCGUUUUCCUGUUUGUAAAAUAUGCAAGUUUCCUUCUACGCGAGAGAGGGUACAGGCGAGUCUCAUCUUACGCUGGGGUUACGUUCCGCUGUCAGCGCGUAAAGCAAAAAACACGUAUAGUCAAAAUUACAUUGAGUGUAAUGGCAGGCGAAUUGCCCACACUACAGGAACAGUAUUGAAAUUAUUUUUCUCAUUUUUUUUCUUUGCUGACUGCGCAAAGCUGAAUUCGUGCAUGUUAAAUGUGCAUAAGAUGAGACUUGCCUGUAAUUGGUCAGGCAAAUCCGAAUGAAGGCAUAGAGAACUUGCUAAACAAAGGGGGAAGGACUCCGGCAGUAAAUAGUACUGCUGUGAAGCAAUGUGGUAUUUUGACAACCUGGUGAAUAUGAAUUUGUGGUACCUGCUAUUUAAAAGGAUCUUUUUUUUUUAACUUGGGUUGCCAGCAGUGUACAAUAUAAUGAAUAAAUCUGUUGAGCCGAAGCUUUUUUUUUUUACUACUAGUAGUUAAGUAGGAGAUGUUCAUUUUGUUAUGUGUAUUCCCUUCUGCUGUUCCCAUUUCAAGUCCCAUUGUGAUAACUUCCUGAAGGUGUGAUCUUUGUAGCAUGAUUGUACAAACAUACAUAUGAAAUCCCAGAUUUCUUGUUCUCACUAAAAUAUGUUAAAGCAAUAGCGAUUUUACUGCUGUCAUGCAUAGCCUAAGGUGUUUGCACACUUUUUUCCUCCCUCUUUCAUAUUGCUUGAGAUUUGCAACUUUGCUACUAUACUGUACUAGAGGAAUCCUAGUAUCCCAUUAUCGGGCAGACUCAGACAUGUUGUUGCCAUGAGUAACUGCAGUGUCCUGGUAUUCCUUUUUUAAUUAUUUUUAUGGAGACACAAUAUCAAAGGUUUUGUUACAGUGGAUUUUAACACCCUCACCCUGGAACCAUAUUAUUGAAACUCUGUAAAUUAAGUCAGUCUUUUAUGAAACCGCUUGAAAGUGGAAUGUUGCAUCCUUUUAUGCUAUUUCCUGCUUCCUAUGUAGUUUUAUUCAAUUUUUUAACCUUUUUCAGUUUCAGCCUCCUGUGUAUUAGGUACAGUAUUUUCUGCCUUUCAUACUUUGUAAUAAAAAUUGAACAUUUAUAGAUUGA